AUUGCUCCCAUGCCCGUAGUUAACGUGUGAAGUAUGCUGAGCUUGAAAUAAAACAAUGUCACUAAAAGUUUGAGUGGAAAUAUGAAGUUGUCGAUGAGAUUUAAACGGCUUGAACAAUGAGUUGUUAAUGAAUGUAAAUUAAAUCCGUUAUUCGCUCGGAUCAGUGCACAGUUGUACGUUAAUAUAAAAUGUUAAUGUGUUUGAAGCUGGCGCUAGUCGGUUUCUAGUUGGAAUGUUGAAUGCAAUAUCGGUCAAUGCACCAGUUUGAUUAGGGGCUAAAACAAAUUCGUACGGAAACUAUGCACGGUUAAAAUAAUAGUCAUCAUAAACAUGAUUUUAAAAAGCGUCGAGCUCGAGCACUCAUAGCCCAAGUACAUACACGUAAGAUAAACAUUACGGUCUUAUUGUUAACUGCAGGGCAGACGCAAGACGGCGGGCAGUGAUUAGAAAAUAUCAGCAGCUUUACGGCCGUAUAAAUAACAACUGCACGCCAUGCUAACACCACAAAUGGCCAUGGAACCGGGAAUACUACGUACGCUCAUCACACUGCUGCUAUUAGCCACGGCUAAUUGUAGCCCUGCUUAUAGCAGCGAUCAGCUGCUGCUUUGGCUGCAACGCAGUAACUUUGGCUAUCAGGUGCUCCAACAGGCGCUCAACUCCAGCGUAGAGUCCGCAUGUACGGCGCAAGUGCGUUUAUUGUUGCAAAAUGCGGACGCGCAAUCCUUGCCAGCGCUGCGUGUUCUUGAUGCAUGGGGCAAGUUUCCACAUGGCCUACUGUAUGGCCACUUUAGCGACAUGGGCAACUACGACUCUUGCCUGCAGAUGCCGCUGAACAUUGAGAAUAAGUACUGCCUGGCGCACAUACAGUUUGAGAGCCUUGUGCCGCAGCCGCCCAUGAACACGCUCAGCAUACAGAUUGGCGCUUGUCUGCCCGCCAGUUGCGCGGCUGCGCAUCUCAACGACUGGAUGCAAGCUUAUCUGGCCGAACUAUUUGGUGAGCAGUCACCAGGACAGGCAACACAGUUGCUGGUUCAGGAGGAGAGUUGCGCGCUUCGACAACAAAAUGGCGAAUUUUCAGUGCUAGAUUGGUGUGCAAUUGUUUUGUUCAGCGUGUUGGCUCUGCUUGUGCUGCUAAGCACAAUUAUCGACUACUGCGGUAAAGCGGCGCAUCAGCUGCUUUUAUGCUUUUCACUGCGUCGCAAUUUGCCGCCACUGUUCGCCACAGCGAAUUCGCCGCAUUUGAUACCCUGCCUACAUGGCAUACGCUGUCUAACGAUUAUUUGGAUUAUCUAUGGACAUGAUUACAUGUUUCUGUUGCUGUCGCCGCUGAUCAACGCCCUGGCCGUAAAGGAUUGGGCACAGACGCCCUACUCCAUGCUGCUCCAAAGUGGCAGCAUCUCAGUGGACACAUUCUUCAUGCUUAGCGGCAUGCUUCUGGUGCUUAGCACGCUGCGUCAGCUGGAGCGCUCUAGUGGUCGCCUAAAUGUGCCGUUGAUGUAUCUGCAUCGUCUGGUGCGCUUAACUCCUGUGCUUGCCGUGGCUGUGCUGCUCUUCAUGACGCUCUUCUGGCGCCUGGACAGCGGUCCAUUGUGGCAGCAGUUCACGAGCGCCCACAAGCUUUGCAACGACACUUGGUGGGCAACGCUGCUCUAUGUGCAAAACUACGCCGCUGCUGGUCGCAUGUGCUUGGGACACUCUUGGUAUCUGGCUGUGGACAUGCAGCUGUUUCUGCUCUCGCCACUGUUGCUGCUGCCGCUUUGGCGCUGGCGUCGACGCGCUGUGGCUGGCAUUGUGGUGCUGAUGCUGCUGCUUCUGGGCUGCCUCUGCAGUAUUAUUGUGCUCAAUCAGCUGACUGUGUUCCAGCGUGAUGGCAAUCUGGGCGCGGAUACUCAGGAGAUGCGCCUGAUCUACUACACAACGCAUGCACGCGCGGUGCCCUGGCUCGUUGGCCUGCUCUUUGGUUACUUUCUGCACUGCGAGCGUGGACGCCAACGUCAUUUAUCAGUCUGGAUGCAGCUGCUCUGCUGGCUUUUGGCUCUGGGUGCCAUUUGUGCCGUGAUCUGGUCGCUGUAUCCUUAUACGCAGCCAGAAGCAGCUGAGAUUACGAUCACGCCUUGGCUGGGCGCCUGCUAUAUGUGCUGCAGUCGCGUUUGCUGGCCACUAGCCAUAUGUUGGCUCAUCUGGGCCUGCCAACAGGGAAAGGCAGGCGCGAUCAAUCAACUGCUCAGCUGGUCCUUUUGGCAACCCAUUUCCAAGCUUUCCUAUUGCAUGUACAUCUUUCAUCUGCUGGUCGAGAUGAUCAACACGGGACGUAUCAAGAGCAGUCUUCACUUCUCCAACUACGAUGCGAUUUUGCGUUGCUGGUCAGACUUUGGCAUCACCAUGUUGGUCUCCUUGGCCAUGUAUUUGUGUGUGGAGACGCCGAUGGUGCGUCUUGAGCUGCAGCUGCUCGGUCUGCGUCGAAAAGUAACAAAGCCGUCAACGUCACCUCCACCGCCCAUUGACAGUCAGUUAGCCACGCCCAGGACAACGCCUGCGAAUUUAUCGCAGCAAAAUCUAGUCGAAGCUUAGCGUAUACAACAAAUUCAAAGCUCAGUAUUACGUGAAAAUUAAAGACUUGUACUAUAAUGACAG